GGCUGCGCUGUCCCCGCUAGGACCUCAUUCUUCUUGCCCGCCUUAGCUUCUUCUUCAUUGGAUCUUCGAAUCUCUCUCUCUCGCUCUCUCUCUCUCUGUGAUUCGAUUCAUUGAAAUCGAAUCUCGAUUAAUCGACCCGCUUCGUAUCGAUUCUCUUUUCCUUUUUUGAUAAUGGCUUCGAGUUUUGAUCGGUGGGAGAAGGAUCCUUUCUUCUCUGCCGCCGAGGAAGUUCAAGAAUCAGCCGACAGGAUGGAAUCUACGUAUAGAACAUGGAUUCACGCGGAGAAAGACGAUUCUAGCCUGUGGGACUCCGAAGAACUCCGCCGUGAUCUUCACACUGCCCUUGGCACUACCAAAUGGCAGUUAGAAGAGUUUGAACGGGCUGUGCAGACUAGUUACGUGAAGAGCUCAAGUGACGAUACAAGAGGCAGGCACCAUGAAUUUGUUAUCGCCAUUGAAGACCAGAUUUCAAAAAUCGAGAACUCGUUGCAGGUAUCCACUCUUUCAGAGGGCAAGGCAUCAUUGCCUUGGAUGCGCUUAGACGAAGGAGAAUGCAAUGAACUGGCAUCGUUUCUUUUGGGAUCGUCAACAUCUGAAGACAAAACUCCUGGGAAGUGUAAUCGAAAGGAUAUUGAGAAUCCACAAGUGACAGAUAAAGGUUCAAGGCCUGAUUGUUCAGAGAACUCCCGUCAUUCUGCCGAGUGCAUGGAGGCUAGGGAGGGUAAGUCACAUGGGCACAGGAGGACCGCUAGUGCUAGUGCUGACAUUGGUGCUUGGAAGAUUUUCAUUCCUGACGAUGGACACCAGCAGAAUUAUUCAAAAGAGCAGACUGGGUUGCCUGUACGUAAGAUACCCAGUUUGUCAGUAUUCCCAAGUUCCAUGGAAUCUGCAUCCAAGUUGAAGUGGUCAAAGAAUGGUUUUAGGAAGUGGAAGGCAAUGGAUCGCCAACAAGAAGCUGAUGCUGCAUUUUUGCAAUCUCCUCAGUUGUCUAAGGGCAUUAAUGUAUGCUAUGAAAGAAGUAAGAGUUGCCUCGAUGGUUGCAAUGAUUCUUAUGAUAAGCAACUUUAUGGAUGGUAUGGAGCUAUUCAGAGACAGCUUCAAAGGUCUCAGUACCAGAUGCAGUAUAGCCGACCGGUUCAAGUGACUUUUUGGAUUGCUCUUCUCCUAUGCUUGCUUUUUUUAAUGUCAUGUGUGGUGUAGAAGGAUCUACUUGUGUUCUUCAUCUGGCAUUUUGUUGUUGGAGAGGCAGUAUUCAGAUCAGAUGAUCUCAGGGAAUGGCAAUGCACGAUGUUUAGGCUGUUGCUGGAUUUGUUGAAUCAUGGGUCGUUAUUCUUUCACACACAAUUUUAUGUCUUAAACUUGCCAGUCCUGGUGAUUACUUCAGAGGGAACGAUCCAAGCACUUUAUAGAAAGCCCAUCUCUCCCUCUGUUUUUUGCAUUUUUUUUCUUCCCAAUUUUGAUUUAUUUGAUGAAGGACAAACUCGGUUUGUAUGUCAUAAGAGGCAAGGAGAGAUGUCAAAGAAAGUUUGCGUAGGAGGGUUGUAACUAGUAAUUCAAAACAUGUUUACCUAUCAGCUUGAAGUUGUAAAAAAUACACAAAUAUUUUAGCGGAGUUGCAUUUCUGUCAA